AUAAAUAUAUGUAUAAUUUUAAGCACUAAAAUCGGGGAAAGAUGUAUUUUAAUGGCUCCAUUUUAAUGCCCUUGAAACACAAAAGGAGAAGCUGCCCUGUUCCAAUACUGGGAAUUACACACAUACACAGUGCAAAGAGGAAACUUAAUUCCCACCCAAAUAAACUGCUGAAUUCGAAUUUUGUUAUAUGGUGACAAAUAAAUAUGGCUGUGCUGGCACAUAGGACUUGAAGUGAUAAAAAAAAAUGUUGUUGUCUUCAUUAUAUUAAUGUAAUUUGUGCAUGGUUUACAUCCUAAAAUCAUACCAAUGUGUCUUCUCUUCUCCAAAAUAUGCAAUAUUUGCAGAGAGACUGAAGAGCUUUUAGGAUUUCUUGUAUACAUGAAUUCAGAAAUGUAUACCAUCUCAAAACAGCAAGGAUUUCAGAGUGAAGUCAGAUUUUCUAACAUCUGAUGUCUGUCUACUAACCCAUGACAUGAUGCUACUCUUCAAAAUGAAGAGUUCAUGGGAAAUGUCAUUUCAGUACUAAUUAUAAUAGACAUAGUGAAACUACUAAAUUAUAAGCUUUUAGGUCUUAGACUACUUCCCAUUUAGGAUUUAUUUUGUGUGGCUUUUAGAACGUAUAUUUCACUUAAAAAAAAUUGGGAGACAGAGUCGUGCUGUGUAGCCCAGGCAUCCCCUGAACUUGUGAUCUUCCUGCCUCAGUCUGGCACAGGGAUUAUAGCUGUGCACCACCAAACCAAACUAUUUUACUGUUAAGGAAAAGCCUUUUCAUGUGCACUAUUCAUCCUGGAGCUUGCUAUCAUUUUCAUAGUCUGUGUAUCUGUGCACUUAUGUAUAACCAUUGCUUUGACAAAAGUACUAGCUUUUCUGUGCAGAAAGCUAGGCAUCACCCCAUCAAGAGAAAGAGCAGCUUUUUUUUCUAGAAGGAGGCAUAAGCAUUGUACAGAACACACUUUGCUGUAAGAUCGUUUUGCUCUUCCAUACUGGAAGCUCUUUAGUCAAUUGAAUAGCCCAACAUCCAACCUCACGCUGACCCCUGACUUUAUUUGGUUUGCUUUUGCUACUACUUCUAAUACUAGUGUCAUGUUGCAAUGGGAAUUGAGCAAAGAUGAAAUUGAGGCUGUGGAUUGUGGGGAGAUAAGGAGAACUGGAGCAGCAGAAAGAUCUAUACAGGCAGUGAAGUUUUAUUGGAAUAUCUGCUUUUUCUUGUCCUGUUUUUUAUUUGGGUGUAGAAUAAAGACAGAGAUUAUAAAGUAAAGCCUUCCUUCCUUCUCAUUCAUAUUGCUAACUCAGCUCCAGAAGAACAAAACAACAUUCUUUUUCAGAAUGAACACAUAUGAAACAUCUACUCUUAGUUCCCACAGUGUCUCUGUUCUUAGAGAACUCCACUACCACUGAACUCUAGAAGAGUAAGAAAGUAGUUUAGAUAUGGGGAAAUAAUCCAGCUGGUAUGGUGAAGGAAAUUUGAGAGGAUUCUGUUACAUAUGUAGAGAAAUAAGAAAGUCAAAAAACAACCAACUCUGUCAAAUUUAAUCAAAUCAUUCAACAAUGUGGCAGUUCUAAAUCACCUAUCUCUCAAGCAACGAAGAUUUGUUCAUGUAGUAUCUCAGAACUUUGGGUUAAAUUUUUCUUUAAACUGUAAAUGCACUUCAAUGCACAACACUCCCCCAAACCUUUAAUUAAAAUUUGGAAAGUUCAUGCUGAGUUCCUCACUCAUAUGCAUGGCAUAUUCAAUGGCCUGUGUUACAGAAAGUUGUGACACCCAUCUCAUUGCAAAUAUACAGGCUUCUCACACCCCUAUCAAAUCUCACCAACUCAUUGCUUCUUGCCUCCUAAGUAUAUUACAGAUAUGUCUCCUCUGUCACUCAAGUCUGAGUGAUGGCACUCAGUUGUAUGUAUAACUUCAAGGACUCCAUAAGGGAUGCAGUGAUCAUUGCUCCUUGUUCAAGCCCACCUUCCAAUAAGGCACCAGAGGAGCCUUCACCAUGAACAUCUAAUAAGUACCACUUUCUGACCACAUAGAGCAUUUACACACCUGUCACAUAUACAAUGACAAUUACACACAUUGCUUUUGCUUUGUUCAGUGCAAGGAUUCAAACUAUGUACACGAUUACUCCAACCCUUCUGAGGUCAGGCUCUUCCAGUGACUUCUCUUUCCUAUUCUCUCUCCUUCUGCUCCAGCUGGCUGGGUGCUUUUAUGUGCACUAAUUUACCAGGUUCUCAUUUUGGAUUUUGUAGGUGAAAAUGUAUUUGGGAAGAAGGCAUACUUACAAAUAGUUGGGGAUAAAAUCUUGUGUCUUCUGCAGCUUGUUCUCAAAACAGAAAACCUUUUUCAAAAUGUUACUUUCUGGAAUAAACAAGACAGGAAAAGUAAGUUAUGUGGCCUUCAAAUUCAGACAUGAGGAGAAAUGCUGCCAUUUGAUGUGGUCAUGAACCCCAAACAAGUCUUCCUGUCUGUGCUGCUAUUUGGAGUGGCAGGCCUCCUCCUCUUCAUGUACCUGCAAGUCUGGAUCGAAGAGCAGCAUACAGGGAGAGUGGAUAAGAACAAAGAAAAAAAAUCAACAUCAACAUGGGGGCCAGACAAUUACUUUCAACCUGCACCUGGAAUCAUGACUACAGAAAAACUCCAGGAGCAUAUUGCCAACCAGAGCCCCAAGUUUCACGUGCCUGAAGAGCUGAAGAAAAGAAAGGACAAUCUAGUACACCCUGGAAGGCCUACAAGGGUGUUAACAAAGACCAACAGCCACUCACAAGGAGAACACCAAGCUUUGGCUAAGGUCUCAGGGUCAUUAACAAACAAUUUGAUUGAAAAUAAUCAAGGAGCAAAGACUUUUUUCAAAAAGUAUAGUGAGAUUAAUUGGCAAUUGGACACUCGGCCUUUAAACAAAAGUUUAGUCAGAGACAACACAUGGAAAAAAAUUGAGGUAACCCAAGAGAAACGCAGGUCCUUCCUCCAGGAGUUUUGCAAGAAAUAUAGUGGGGCAAGUCAUCCUCAAUCACACCUAUUUCAUAUGGUAUCCAGGAUCUAUGUAGAAGACAAACACAAAAUCUUAUACUGUGAGGUGCCAAAGGCGGGCUGUUCCAACUGGAAAAGAAUUCUGAUGGUGCUAAAUGGGUUGGCUUCAUCUGCAUACAACAUAUCCCAUGAUGCUGUCCACUAUGGGAAGCAUUUGAAAAAGCUAGAUGGCUUUGACUUAAAAGGGAUCUAUACUCGUUUGAAUACCUACACCAAAGCUGUCUUUGUUCGCGAUCCUAUGGAAAGAUUAGUGUCAGCAUUUAGGGACAAAUUUGAACAUCCCAAUAGUUAUUAUCAUCCAGUAUUUGGAAAGGCAAUUAUAAAGAAAUAUCGACCAAAUGCCUGUGAUGAAUCAUUAAAUAAUGGAUCUGGAGUCAAAUUCAAAGAGUUUGUCCACUAUCUGCUGGAUUCUCAUCGUCCGGUAGGAAUGGAUAUUCACUGGGAAAAAGUCAGCAAGCUCUGCUACCCAUGUUUGAUCAACUAUGACUUUGUAGGGAAAUUUGAAACAUUAGAAGAAGAUGCCAAUUACUUUUUGCAGCUGAUUGGUGCUCCUCAAGAGCUGAAAUUUCCAAACUUCAAGGAUAGGCACUCUUCCGAUGAAAGAACCAAUGCUCAUGUUGUGAGACAGUAUUUAAAGGAUCUCAGCAAAACUGAGAGACAGUUAAUCUAUGACUUUUAUUACUUGGACUACUUGAUGUUUAAUUACACAGCCCCAUUUUUGUAGUUGGCAUUCAUUUUCUAAAACCCUAUAUUUACUUAAUAAUGAUGGCCUCAAAUCAGCUACUCUAAUUUUCCUAUAAUUCUCUGUAUGAGGGAAAAAUUUAACUAAAUGCAGUUUGUCCUGAUUUAAUGAAGUUUUUUUUAACUGAAUAGUAUGACAGCAAUUGGCACAAAGUUAUAGGAAAAUUGUCUAACAGAGACAUGUAACAACUUGAGUUGCUUUAAAAUGUUUGGGAAAGAGCUGCUUUGGCAUUAUGGAUUAUAUUGUUGAAGCAAUAACCUAGCCAGCUGUUACAUUAACAAAUACAGCCUCUUGCAAUGAAUAAGGCAUCUAACAUAGCAUGAAUGUGUAUCAAUAUCCUGGAAUUCUUGUCUAACGUGCAUGAACGUAAUUUUUAGCAGUCUGUGCUGUAUUAAACAAACCAUUACAUCAUUUUCUCAUACUCUGGAAAUCUUUCUAUCAGCUGGAAUGAUAAAACCAUUUUGAAAUUAUAUUUGGACUUAGGCAUUUUACUUUACAUUGGGAGGCAUCAUAUGAUUCACAAGAUGAGAAUAUAACACAAAAACAGA